ACCAGACGCAAAGACCGACUUUGCACUAGCUUUUCUCUAGAUGGCUCUUGGUGACUGCAACAUCGCUACGCUUGUGGCUGGCUCGGGACGCUGCACCACUGCGGGCGACUUCCAUUGGCAGUGUAUGCUUUGGACCAGUUUUGCACACGACCAUGACAUGCUAGACCAGAUAUCCCGAUCCCAACCGAACCCGCGGGAGGGUGGUUAUUCUCACUGAGUAGCUAAUUGUUCAGCCGUUCAGCUUUCCGCCGCCGCUGAACUGACGCGUCAAAUGAAGCCCUGCAGGAGCAGCGCAUGUGGCCAUUUACGAAAGCCUUGCGUGAUACCGAAUAAAGAACGCAAAGCAUUUAACUGUGGCUAUUCCAGUUUACUCAAAGAGGUUCUCCCGCUGGCUGCAACGGACAAUGACGGCCACUCCUAUGCUCGAGUGUUUCCCGAUCAACUUGCCAUCUCUAGCGUGGAAGCCGCGGGAAGUGAAAAAUGGCAAACAUUGUUGGCGAUCUGCGAAGCAAAUAGAGAGACGACGUAACGAAAUCACUUGGUGCGUGGAGCGACGGAGUGGCGCACCACCGCAACCCGCAAAGAGCGACAGCAGUUUCGAGCCUUAGCUUGCUUGCUUGGCCGAGGUGACCAUUGCCUGCGAUGGUGUUGUGGGCCGGCUCAUCGGUAGCCUUCCCCUUCUCACUCGUCGUUUGUUGCCAAUUGAGGCGCGACAGAACAUGAGGUCAACGAUCAUACGCCAUCAACUGCGCAACUAAAGGGAG